GAUGUUCCUUUUGUUGUGAAUUGUGAUGCUUCAUUCCGCACGUCUCUCCGCAAGCGUAAUCCCUAAACGCACAGCCUAACCGGACACCAUCGGCGUCUCCGUCGAUUUCCACCGGGAAAUCGAAUUGCUCCGGCGUAUUCCGACGCUAUGCUUCGAUGAGCUAGGCGAAGGCGUUAGGAAGCUCCAGCGGUUCCGACUUCCCCUCUGUCGAGGCGAGGAGCGGAGAUGUCGCUGCGGAUAAAGGCGGUGGUGGAUAAGUUCGUGAAGGAGCUCAAGGAGGCGUUGGAUGCGGACAUCCAGGACCGGAUCAUGAAGGAGAGGGAGAUGCAGAGCUACAUCGAGGAGCGCGAGCGCGAAGUCGCCGAGAGGGAGGCCGCCUGGAAAGCAGAACUAUCCCGGCGAGAGGCUGAAAUUGCCCGCCAAGAGGCAAGGCUAAAGAUGGAGAAGGAGAACUUAGAGAAGGAGAAGAGUGUCCUCAUGGGCACGGCCUCAAAUCAAGACAACCUAGACGGUGCUCUGGAGAUCACCGUCAGCGGGGAGAAGUACCGAUGUCUUCGGUUCUCGAAAGCAAAGAAAUGACAUCGAACAAAAAGAAAUCACAAGUUCUUCCUUCUAAGCUUCAAAGGCUACGCGACAAGUCUUGUUCUUUUUUGUUUUGGUGGUGAUCACUGAUUGUUCUAACCUGGAAAAGAAGAACAAGGACUCUUAUUCUUUGUACAUGUUCUAAAUAGUAAUAUCAUGGUACCAACCAUUGUCAUCA